AUGCGGGGAGCCCGUCGUCUAACCUCCUCCCACGGACCCAUUACCCCUCCCUCUUCCCUCAUUUGCCCACCUUCCCUCUUUCUUUUCCCCCACUACACCUCCUCAGCCCCCCCUUCUCUCCCUCCCAUUUUCCGCCCUUCCACCUCUCAUUUCCCCCCCCCCCCCCCCUGUGCCCUCGAUAUUUCCCCCACUGCUCCUCCACACUUCCCCCCACUUACCCCCACUUCUCCCUCUCAUGUCCCUCCUUUAUUCAUCUCAUCCCCACCCCGUCUCCCCCCCAUUGACCCCCCUUCUUCCUCUCAUCUCUUCCCUUGCUCUAUGUCCCCCACCGCUCCCGCUCACUUCACACUCUCCCUCUCAUUUCCCUUACUGCUCCCCCUCAUUUCCACUGGCUCUCCCCCACUUCUCCCCCCCAGUUCUGCCGGCUUCUCGCGUCACCAACUGAACGCGUCUCCACCGCGAGCCUCGCACGCCAUUUCGCCACUUCCCCAUUUCGCCCAGAGCUCUAAAUCCCGUGCUCAAGAGAACCCCAUUCCCGUCGCCAUUCCUCUCACCCCUCUCAUCGCCCACUAUGAUAUCCUCAAGUUCGCCAAAUCGCCCACCCGUCUCCCUUUCCGUCGCGCGUCACGUCGCUAUCUCGUCGCCCGUCCCGUCGCCCUCUUCGUCGCCCUCUCUCCCCUCCUCUCCUCCCGUCGGCCUCUCUCUCGCCCCUCCCUACCGAUCGCCAUCCCGUCGCUCGCCCCGUCGCGCUCUCUCUCUCCGCUCCCUUCCCGUCGCCCUCUCUCUCGCCCCUCCCUUCCCGUCAUGCUCUCUCUCUGCGCGCCCUUCCCGUCGCCCUCUCUCUCGCCCCUCCCUUCCCAUCGCUCUCUCUCUCUCCGCUCCGCCCUCUCUCUCGCUCCUCCUUCGAAUCGCGCUCUCUCUCCGCUCCCUUCCCGCCGGCCUCUCUCUCCGCUCCCUUCCCGUCACGCUCUCUCUCUCCGCUCCCUUCCCCUCGCCCUCUCUCUUGCCCCUCCCUUCCCAUCGCGCUCUCUCUCUCCGCUCCCUUCCCGUCGCCCUCUCUCUCGCCCCUCCCUUCCCGUCGUGCUCUCUCUCUCCGCUACUUUCCCAUCGCCCUCUCUCUCACCCCUCCCUUCCCGUCGCGAUCUCUCUCUCCGCUCCCUUCCCGUCGCCCUCUCUCUUGCCCCUCCUACCCGUCGCGCUCUCUCUCUCCGUGCCCUUCCCGUCGCCCUCUCUCUCGCCCCUCCCUUCCCAUCACGUUCUCUCUCUCCGCUCCGCCCUCUCUCUCGCUCCUCCCUUCGAAUCGCGCUCUCUCCGCUCCCUUCCCGUCGCGCUCUCUCUCUCUCUCUCUCUCUCUCUCUCUCUCUCUCUCUCUCUCUCUCUCUCUCUCUCUCUCUCUCUCUCUCUCUCUCUCUCUCUCCGCUCCCUUCCCAUUGCCCUCUCUCUUUCUGCUCCCUUCCCAUCCUCCCUUCUCGCUCGCCUCGAAUAGCCCUCCCGGCGACCUUCGACUCUCCCAUCACGUAUGCCCUCCUUUCUCCGUCGCCUCUCUCGUUCUCCCUCUGCUAUCGCGUCAGCGAGACCCAUUCCGUACUCUGUUAUUGUGUUUGGUUUGUUUGUUUUUUGACUUUCCAUCUAUUCUCGACACCCUCUCGCCUGCCGCCGAUCCUCUCUCCCAUCGCCCUCCCGUUUCCCUUCGCCCUCCCGUUUCCCGCCCCCCUCCCGUUUCCCGUCGCCCUCCCUUUUCCCGACGCCCUCCCGUUUCACAUCGCCCUCGCGUUUCCCGUCGCCCUCCGGUUUCCCGUCGCCCUCCCGUUUCCCGUCGCCCUCCCUUCUUCCGUCGCCCUCCCUUUUCCCGUCGCCCUCGCGUUUCCCGCCCUCCCGUUUCCCGUCGCCCUCCCAUUUUCCGUCGCCCUCCCGUUUCCCGUCGCCCUCCCGUUUCCCGUCGCCCUUGCGUUUCCCGUCGGCCUCCCGUUUCCCAUCGCCCUCCCUCUUUCUCUUCAUUCGCGUCACCUUGCCCAUCAUAAUUUCCCCCCUAGUGCUGUUUUUCUCUUCUGUUUCCCGUUAUUGCACCUCUCCCAGGCCUCAAUUCCAAGGCAGCACAUUGAUCAGAGCUCUACUAGCUCUACUAACAUUCAAACACUUUCACUCUCAUCACAUACAUGUGUGUCUGCUUGGGAUUUAGCGUGA